UGUUGUUCUUGUCUCUAUUCAACAAUAGUGUAAGGAUUAAAUAAAAACGUUGGUCAACUUUAAAGCACCCCACAGCCAGCCCUGGUGGCACAAGCCUGUAAGGCCUAAUAAAUCCAGCUAUAUGGAAGUCUGAGGCAGGAAGAUUCAAAGUUCAAGAUCACCCUGGGAAACUUAUCCAGAGAAACGCCCAGAGCCCUCGGGCUUCGUUGAUGCCUUUAAUUCCAGCACUCAGGAGUCAGAGGCUGGUGGAUCUCUGUGAGUUCGAGGUCAGCCUGGUCUACAAAUCGAGUUCCAGGACAGCCAGGGUUGUCCUGUCUCUAAAAACCCUGUCUCUAAAAACAAAAACAACAAAAAAAUGUCAAGCACGGUAGAUUAUGUCUGUAACCCUUUGGGAAGCUGAAUUCAGCCUGGGUUACAGAGAACCAGUCUCAAUAAUAAUUACUAGCUGGGCAUGCAGCUAAAUUGUUGAAGUGCCUUUUAGCAUGCAUGCAGCCCUGGGUUCAGUCCCAGCACAGAAUAUAGUGGUGGAUCACUCCUGCAAUCCUAGCACAGAAAACCAAGGUGGGGGAAGGACUGAGGUCAUUCUCAGCUGCAAAGAGUUCGAGGCCAGGCUCAAAGCACAUAGAUAUAUAACAAGAAAAAACAAAAAGCCUAAGUUAUAGGUCAAAGUUCCUGACAAACUACACAAACAUGUUUUCAAUUCUGAGCCCUCUUUUCUGGAGUUCCAAUAAGCACCAAAACCCACUACAGAGUGAGUUAUCUUAUUUUUGGUGGGUUUAUAAAUGUAUAUAAUGUAUUUCGAUUAGAUUCACCCGUCCCAACAACCGCCCAACUAAAUGUACUUUUUUUCCACAACUGGCUGGCUCUGUUUGCAGGUUUUACCCCUUUAUUCCAGCUUCUUCACCUCUUCGCCCACAUUGAUUCCCAGAAACACCCCACCUGCCCAAGGGUGGCAUUCUGACAAAACUGUACACCACAAACACCUUUUCCGCCUUAGGCCAACAACCCGUGCGCAAGAAUUUUACAGAGCAGCGCCCGCAGCAGUGCAUGCUGGGUGAUGUAGUCCUGGGCCGACCUCGUAGCCUUUGGGGACCUGUAGUCUUCAGUCAGGUAAGGGGAAAGGUCAAGUCAGAACAGUCACAGAGGAAGGCAAAAGUGACCUACGGAAUCACUCAGCUUCAAAGUCGCCGGGCACGUCCGUCAAGCUCUCAGCGGAAGUGGCUAUAGGCGGGUCCGAGAAAGGCGUGAUGACGUCGCAGGGGUGCGGGCGUGACGGGCCGUGAGGGUUUGGCGGGAUUUCUGAAAGUCGCGCGUCGCUGGGGCAAGUGCUCGCAGGCCGGUUCCCGGGCAAAGCCGUGGUGUCCCCGGAAGCGCGGCUGGGAAGGCUGAAAUUUGCUCCUGUUCGUCCCAGACGACCCUACAGAGGAACUGCGCAGUGGUUCGAGCCGGUGACGGGGGUUUUGUGGUGUGUGCAGAGCGGGCCGCCGGAAGGAGCGCGCGGCGCACGGCUGCGGACCGUAAUGGCUAUGCAAAUGCAGCUUGAUGCAAAUGCAGAUACUUCAGUGGAAGAAGAAAGCUUCGGUCCACAACCUAUUUCACGGUUAGAGCAAUGUGGCGUAAAUGCCAAUGAUGUGAAGAAAUUGGAAGAAGCUGGUUUCCAUACAGUGGAGGCUGUUGCUUAUGCACCAAAGAAGGAACUAAUAAAUAUUAAGGGAAUCAGUGAAGCCAAAGCUGAGAAAAUUCUGACUGAGGCAGCUAAAUUAGUUCCAAUGGGUUUCACCACUGCAACUGAAUUUCACCAAAGACGGUCAGAAAUCAUACAGAUUACUACUGGCUCCAAAGAGCUUGACAAACUGCUUCAAGGUGGAAUUGAGACUGGAUCUAUCACAGAGAUGUUUGGAGAAUUCCGAACUGGGAAGACACAGAUCUGUCAUACAUUGGCUGUAACAUGCCAGCUUCCCAUUGAUCGUGGUGGAGGUGAAGGAAAGGCCAUGUACAUUGACACUGAGGGUACAUUUAGGCCAGAACGGCUGCUAGCAGUGGCUGAGAGAUACGGUCUCUCUGGCAGUGAUGUCCUAGAUAAUGUAGCUUAUGCUCGAGGGUUCAACACAGACCACCAAACCCAGCUCCUUUAUCAAGCAUCGGCUAUGAUGGUAGAAUCCAGGUACGCACUGCUUAUUGUGGACAGCGCUACUGCCCUCUACAGAACAGACUACUCAGGUCGAGGAGAGCUUUCAGCCAGGCAAAUGCAUUUGGCCAGAUUUCUGAGGAUGCUGCUGCGACUUGCUGAUGAGUUUGGUGUAGCCGUGGUAAUCACCAACCAGGUAGUAGCCCAAGUAGAUGGAGCAGCCAUGUUUGCUGCAGAUCCCAAAAAACCCAUUGGAGGAAACAUCAUUGCCCAUGCAUCAACAACAAGGCUGUACUUGAGGAAAGGAAGAGGGGAGACCAGAAUCUGCAAAAUCUACGACUCUCCCUGUCUUCCUGAAGCUGAAGCCAUGUUUGCCAUUAACGCAGAUGGAGUGGGAGACGCCAAGGACUGAGUCAUCAGGGCCGUUUUUUCUGUGAUACACUUUUAAAUGCUGUACAGUCUAAUGAAGAGGGCAGCUCCCUGGGCUUCUUCAGGCUCUUCCUGAUGUGACCGCCAGGACAUGGCUUCCGGGAAAACAAUUACUGUAUCUGCUUUCUGGUGGCAGAAACAGGAGACGGGUCAGAAUUCAAACUGAUCUGAAAUGUUCAUUUCUUAUAGUUUAUUUCUUAUAGAGUAUAUCAAUGUCUGAUUUCUUUGAUGUUUGGAGGAGAGAUAUGAAAUAACAGCUAUCAGACAAUCUUAUGUUUCAAGAGAAGUAAAACUGGAAAGACCUGAGUCUUCUCUCACUUCUCAAUGAUGGUAAAAUAAAAUGCCUGAGAUGUGA